UUGUGUAGGCCUACUGCUAACGUACUCCUUUAUCCAGUCUUCUCAAUUAUUUGUAGCGCUGGCAGUUGCCAAGGCCUUGAUCGGGAGAAAGACGUGAGAUUGGACUGACGCAAUUGGUAACGGACUCGUCUCGCAGCCUCCCAGGAAAGGUUAAGGGUACCAAUUGUGUGGAUUCGUGUUCGUUCUUUACGUUAAAUGUUUUCCGUUAUCAAUAAACUGCAACCACGAGGCCGAAUUACCGCUUUUCUAAAACAGGAUUGCCACGGCUGCAAAGGAACAAGAAGCGAUAUCAGUCGCGAUUCCUGUCGACACAAUAGCUGCGGCGGCAUCUCAUUUGAUGUAAACUGGAAAACCAGUGAACAAAACAUCCGCUACUGUACCGCGUAAAAUACGAGAUGGACGUGGACACCGCUAGGCUAUUAUCACCCACACUGAAAUAACAAAUUACUGUGUAGUCCAACUUGAAUCCUCCACCCCCUUACAACUCCUCAAAGCACGCCCCAGUUUCUACGCCUCGUCGUAAAGGAGGGCUACAGAAAAACGUCGUCCGAUGCUUUUCCCUUGACGCGUUGCUGUCUGAAUAUUGUUCUGUUUUGAUUCCGAAGAAAGGAAGGGGAGUGGGCAAGAACGUAGCCUACUAAGUACCCUCGUUCAGCUGAAAUAGGAAAGUGUCCUUAAAACCUGCCCACUGUUCCUCCAGGGGCCCUUGGUGACUCCGUGCUCGGCAUCUAGGCUGGAACGGAAGCCAUGGAGGUGGGCAGCCUGCCGGUGGAGGUGUGGCGGCUGAUCCUGGCCUACCUGGCCCUGCCGGACCUGGGCCGCUGCAGCCUGGUGUGCCAGGCCUGGCGAGAGCUCAUCCUCAGCCUGGACAAAACCCGCUGGAGGCAGCUCUGCCUGGGCUGCCCCGAGUGCCGGCACCCAAACUGGCCCAACCGGCCGCACCAGGAGCCCCCGUCCUGGAGGGAGGCCCUGCGGCAGCACGCCGUGGCUAGCCGCACCUGGACCCGGCACGGGCCCGAACCCGGCUCCUCCAGCUGCCUCUACCUGUUCCGCCGCAGGAAGAGCCGGCGGGCCUGGCACGUGGGGCCGGGGUGCGAGCACGAAACGCUCAGAGGGGCGCUGUCUGCGGCGGGGCCAUACGACAGGGUGGUGCUGCAUCCCGGGGUGUACGAGGAGCAGGCGGAGGUGACCCUGAAGUCGCCCGUGGAGAUCGUGGGCAAGGGGAACCUGGGGGAAGUGACCCUGCUGGUCUGCAUCGACCAACAGUGUCCCACCGCUCGGCUCUGCAACCUGGUCUUCAUGCCGGCCUGGUUCUCUCCUGUGGUCUACAAGACAACCUCGGGACAUGUGCAGCUGGACAACUGUAACCUGGAGGGGGGCCAGCUUCAGGUGAGGGGCCCCGGUACCUGCCAGGCCCGGUUCUGCUCGUUUGGGCCGGGGAGCAGGGCCCACUUUCAGGGCGUGGCCCUCAGCCUGCUGGACAGCUGCGACUUCUCCGGCAGCGAUGGCGCGUCCGUCACUGUGGAAGGCCCGCCCACCUCCGACCGCAACUGGGCCUGCAGACACCUGGCGGCCCUGGCCCGGUCCUCCUCUGCCACUGCCAGGGCCACGCAGCCGGACGGGGGGGACGGGCCCCGCAGCCUGUGGCCCCCCGGAGUGGCCGUCACCCUGGGGGAGCUGUGGGGGAAGGGAGGGGAGCGGACACUGCGGCGGUGCAGGGGUCGCGGGGGCGGAGGUUUCGGGGAGGGCACUGUGAUCGGGGACGGCUGCAGCGAGAGCGAGCCCAGCGAGGAGGAAGAUGAGGAGGAGGAAGAGGAAGGAGAGGAAGGGGAGCCCGCUGUCGACCCCACGCUCUACAGACUCUCCCACAGUCGCCACGGUCUCUCUCACCUCCUGGAGCAGUUCCCCAGCUCGUCCUCGGCCCCACAUGGGCCUCCUGCUGCCCCCCCUGAGCUGCGCACCCUGCAGGAGGAGCUGGAGCAGGACAGGGAGGCCCAGGUUCUGGCCCGGUCCGUCCAGGGCUGCCUGAUGCGCCGCUGCCUGUUCCGGGACGGAAAGGGGGGCGUGCUGGUGUGCAACCACGGCCACGCCCGGAUGGAGAGCAACGUGUUCCGAGGUCUGACCUACGCGGUGCGCUGCGUCCAGAACGCCAAGAUCAUCAUGCUGUGGAAUGAGGUGUGCGGUUGCCGGGCGUCGGGCGUGUUCUUGCGCCUCUCUGCUGCGGGCCUCAUUGCCGAAAACAACAUCCACUCCAACGCAGAGGCAGGGCUGGACAUCCGCAAGGGAGCUAAUCCCAUCAUCCUGUGUAACAGAAUACACAGUGGUCUGCGUUCCGGAAUUGUUGUCCUUGGAAACGGGAAAGGUUCCAUCCGAAGCAACCAGAUCUACGGCAACAAGGAGGCAGGCAUCUACAUCCUGUACAAUGGAAACCCUGUGGUGAGUGGGAAUCGCAUCUUCCAGGGCCAGGCAGCAGGCAUUGCUGUGAAUGAGAAUGGGCGGGGCCUGAUUGUUGACAAUGUUAUUUGGGAGAACCAGUGGGGAGGUGCAGAUAUCAGGAGAGGAGGAGACCCGGUCAUGAGGAACAACUUCAUCUGUCAUGGCUACUCCGAUGGAGUGGUGGUGGGGGAGAGAGGCCGCGGGCUCAUCGAGGGAAACCACAUCUACUGUAACCGGGGCUGUGGCAUUUGGGUGAUGUCGUCCAGCCUGCCCCAGCUGUCGGGGAACCGCAUCGUGCACAACUGCAUCUACGGCGUGGCCGUGUUCUGCCGCAAGGACAGCGAGGACGGCGGGGAGGGCGACGGCUACCUGUCGGGCCACGGCGGCGUCGCGGGCGACAACUUUAACGAGGAGGGCGAGCUGCUGGCCUGGGAGAGCGACCUGGACAGCGAGGACGAGCGAUUCUCCUCCCGCCGGCCUGUCAGCGUGGCGCUGGUGGAGGGCAACUACGUCGGCCACAACGGAGCGGUGGGGCUGUACGUGAAGAGCAGCGAGGCGCUGAACGUGGUGGGGAACGCCGUGCACGGAAACAAGGGCGCAGGUGUGACCGUGCUCCAGAGCGGUCAGCUGACCCGGCUGGUCGCCAACUGCGUCUGCGGCAACGCCCGAACCGGGGUCACCGUGGAGACGGGCUGCCAGGUGGAGCUGCGCGGCAAUGGCGUCUACGACAAUGGGGGCCAUGGCGUCAGCUGCCGUGGCGACGGGCAGGUCAUGGAGAACGACGUGGUGGGGAACCGGGGCAGCGGGAUACGCCUGGCGGAGAGCGCGGACAUCAAGGUCCUAAAGAACCGUGUCCAGACGGAGCGGGGCUGGGGCAUCGCCGUCCUGGGGCAGGUGAAGGGGCAGGUGCAGGAGAACGUGGUGUUCCAGAGGCGGCCUGGCAGCACCAAACCGCUGCUACACCGGGACGCCGGCAAUGGCGUCUGUCUGCUGCUCAACAACACCCUGCUGCCCUGCGCCAAGACGAGUUCUGGCCAGGCAGACGCUCUCUGGGCUCUUGAGAACCCCCCACCACGCCCUCAGCUGAACAGCCAAUCAAGCGCAACCCUGCCCGGCGCGUCCGCACAUCACGCCAUGAGCAGCAGGAUCACCACCAGGGUGGAGAGUGGUUGCCAUAACAGCGGCAGCGUCCUUUGCACCAUCCUAUGAGUUCCUCCCGUGGGUUCUGUUGACCCAGCGAGUACUCGGAGCUGCAUUCCGAACACUGAAGGAAGCACACUAAUACAGCAAUGGAAACUCCUGACCCAGUGAGCUCUCCUGUAGGACAGGGGACUCAACAUGUUCCGGAACCAAAAAAGCUGCCGUCAGCAUUCUGAUUGUCUGUGACAUCAUACAUUUUACAGCAUUCUUUAUGACCAUAUCCUGGUUGUCUGUGAUACAGAUCUGAUAUCUUUAAGAGUUUGUCAAUACGGACCUAUUCUCCCCCUAAGUGCCCGUUGUCUCUGCCUUUGACAGUACCAAGUGAAACAUAAGAACUUGGCAAAUUGCUGAGAUGAUUUUACAAGUCUCGUCGACGGCUUUUGUGAAAAGCUUUUCAGCACACUGCUAAACGGUUGAGUGGUGUCAUUACCAGAGGCCCCUGUGGACCGAGUAUUCGAGCCUCGCACCAAUUAAAACUCAUUCAGAGAGCUCAUGGUUAAGCCUUUUACCUGUCAAAAAAAUCCACUAUUUCAAUAUAUUAUCAGUAACAAUGGGCACUUAUUUGAAUAUAGUCGAGUACACGCACUCAUUCUGCAGUGGUAGGUGAUAGUGAGAGAUGCAGUUCGCCCUACUUCAUGUCAUCCUGGGAACAGACUCCCUAGUCUCGGCUGACUCAACCGUUUGAGGAAAACACAUGGCUCCUGCCUCUAUAAGUGCAUGUCCUUAGAGGCAGGCCUUACGACAGUAGGCUCCCCAGAUGCCCUUCAGCGAAGCCAUUACCAGGCAUGGUGAAGCACCGACCUGCUCCAUUCAGAUCCAGUUUGUUUAGCCUGUUGACAAUCGACCACCAAUGUAAGAAUCAAUGUGCUGUAUACGAAGACCCUGUUACGCCCUUAAAUACCAUGAAAUGACUCACCUAUGGCCUCUGUAAAAGCUCUUCCAAAACAUUUGUGCAAUACUUGUUUGAAAUGUGCCUAUAUACAUAUAAUUUUUUAAUAUUAAAUUUUAAAUUAUA